GUUUAGAUUUUAGAGAUGUAUUGACAAUGAUGGUAGAAACAAGUAGAUCAUUCUUUCAUCAUGUGUAUUGUAUAGACUUGAUUAUAGCUUACCAGCAAUGCUUAAACUAAAAUUUAUACAUUUAAAAUUUUUAAUAUUAAAAUAAACAUAAUAUAAAUAAAAUUUAUUUUCUAAUUUAAAUUUAACAAAACCUAAAAAAUAAAAAUUGAUUAGUCAAAUAAAAUUAAUAUAACUUAUAAAUUUAGUUUAUGUAUUUAUACUGAAAAGAUAAAUUAUUAUAAAAUUUUACUUCAGAAAAUGAUAUAUAUCUUAAAAAUUAUUAUCACUGUGUGUGGCGUAUGAAGCUUUCUAGUUUAUACAUAAAUUAGGGAUAAAAAGAACAUUCAUACCAUAUAUGUGAAAAUUAAACGACAUAUAAUAUAAAAUUUGGGGGUAGUAAACAACAGUUAAUCUGCUAGUCAUAACUGUUUGUGUGCAGUAUUAUUCCAAGAAACUGUCAACAUUCACCAGCAAGGACCAAAGACCAAGAACGAAUAAUUGUAAAAAAACUAAUAACUUGGAACUAUUUUACUAUUGUAUUGUAUAUGCAUUUAUAUAUUAUUCGAAUCUAACACUAUCCAUGUGAUAACGACUUUUCUACACGUAUAUGUAUAAUAUUUUAAUUAGUUAAUGUCGUUACAUAAUAGUUUUUCAUAUUUUUGGUCGCAUCUCACAUUGAACAUGUGGAUGAAACUUUCGAAUAUAUCCUUUUUUAAUCAUAACCAGAGACUCAUAUCCUUCGUAUAUGAUUCAGUAGACAAUAUAUAUAUAUAUAUAUAUAUAUACGAAGAGGACACAUACUAUCGAUAUACAAGUUUUCCAACACAUACAAAUACUUUAGCAACGACAGUAUCUAGGUUUGUCCAGCUGAGAAACAUGGUGCAGAUUCAUCCUGUCCAAGCAGUACCGGUAGACUCCGGCAUCGGCGAAGUCAAGAGCUCGCCGUACGUGACGACGGAGCAAGAGAGUUUCACGAUUUGGAUGAGAUCACUGGUGUACCAUAGCAAAGGCUGCACAGUUUAUGAUUCCAAAGGAAACUUAAUCUAUCGAGUGGAUAACUAUGACUCCAAGAGUUGCGGUGAAGUUUACCUUAUGGACUUAUACGGAGAAGUCUUGUUUGAAUUUCAACAAAAAAAGUUUGGAUUAUUCAAAUCUUGUGAAGGAUACAACUCAACCGGGACAAGGUUUCGACUAAGAAAGAACUUCAAGAUUUCGCCAAGAGGUUCAUCUUCGUCUUACAAAGUUGUAAUGGAAUCCAAUAAAGAUGAUCGACAAUCUUGUUAUAAGAUUUUGAAUCAUGCGUCGGUUUUCACAAUCGAAGAUGGAUCAGGGAGAUUUAUGGCAGAAGUGAAAAAGAAAAGAUCGAACGUUAAUGGUUUAGAUUUUGGAGAAGAUGUAUUGACAAUGGUGGUGGAGCCACAAGUAGACCUUGAAAUCGAAUUCUCGACGAUGUGGAGAAGAUCGGCGUCGUUCGUCCUCGACAAGCACCACAACAACAAACCCAUCUCUCUAACUCCUUCCCUCGAUUCGAUGGCGGAGGUAAACCCUAACCCUAACCCUAAUCCUAAUCCAAUUUCGGCUUACUACCAAACGCGAGCGAAGCACCACGGGAUCGUGACGAGCGAUUGGCUAGAGCAGGCACAAGCCGCCGUCGUUCGCUACCCCGACAAGGAUUCUCCCGUCGCGGGGAGAAGACCGUUUAGCGUGAUCGUGGAGUUCGACAGCUGGAGGCAGCAGCCGGAUUUGGCGGAGGCGGUUGCGGCGGUUCGGGCUCUUGCGGCGGUUAUUAGGGCUAGCGAGGCGACUACGAUGAUGGAGCUCGAGAUCGAACUCAAGAAAGCUUCUGAUACGUUGAAAUCAUGGGACACAACUUCUAUAUCCUUAACAGCGGGAUGUGAUCUAUUCAUGCGCUACGUGACUCGAACAUCUGCCUUAGAAUUUGAAGAUUUCAAUGCAGCAAAAGCCCGCGUGCUUGGACGUGCUGAGAAGUUCGGAGAAAUAUCUUACAAGGCUCGGAAGAUUAUUGCAGUGCUUAGUCAAGAUUUCAUAUUUGAUUGGUGCACUAUACUGGUUCAUGGCUUCUCCAGAGUUGUUCUUGAAAUACUAAAGACAGCAGCUCAGAACAAGAAACUCUUUCGAGUCUUGUGCACAGAGGGAAGGCCAGAUAAAACUGGUGUGCUGCUAGCUAAAGAGCUUGCAAAGCUAGAUGUUCCAGUGAAGCUUCUGAUUGAUUCAGCUGUGGCCUAUAGCAUGGAUGAAGUAGACAUGGUGAUCUUUGGAGCCGACGGAGUAGUUGAAAGUGGCGGUGUAAUUAACAUGAUGGGUACUUACCAAAUCGCUCUCGUUGCACACACUAUGAACAAACCAGUCUAUGUAGCUGCAGAGAGCUACAAGUUUGCACGCCUCUACCCGUUGGAUCAAAAGGACUUGGAACCGGCCUUGAGACCUGUUGAUUUUGGUGUUCCUGUUCCUCCUAAGGUUGAGGUAGAAAGAUCUGCGAGAGACUACACUCCACCUCAGUACUUGACUAUGCUAUUCACUGAUCUUGGCGUUCUCACUCCCUCUGUAGUUAGUGAUGAGCUAAUUCAGCUUUACUUGUAAGUAAAAGCUAGUCUGAGAACUUUCAUUUCUUUGUAUAAAAAUUAGAACACCAUUUUUUUUUGGCUAUACAUAGCAAGCUUUUCUCUGGUUCUACUGCUUAUGUAGAAAGUUUUGGUGUGACAGAGAGAUUGUGACUUGUAAUCUUCACUCAAAACUGAUAUAAAAGUGUAUUCUUUAUAGAAUCA